GCCUUCAAUGUUAACUUGAAAUCGGUACAGAAAUGAUCACCAUUCAUCAGGAUUAUUUCAGUGCGGACGACAAAAAUGUGUUAUGGUAAGAUGUUAUGGUAUGUAGCCAUAACGACUCUUAAGUUCAAUAACAUAUCGAUCGUGGCCUGAUUCAAUGAGGAAAAUCUGGGUGUUUGGGAAUCAGCGAAGCGUAGUAAAAUACAGAAGAAGGUACUCCAGAGGUCAUCGUUUCUAUUUUGCUCUGUUGUCGUCUCAGUUCUAAGCUGGUUUGCUGCAUCACUCGAAGCAUAAUGGACAAUGGACAAAACCAACCCUCGCCAUACCCACCUGGUCAGGUGAAUCAACAACAAGCAGGCUACCCACCACCUCAGCCAGGCUAUGGUGGGGCACUCCCUCCACAGCAAUAUCCAGGUUAUCCACAACCUCAGCAACCCAACACUGUCCCGCCACAAGGAUAUGGGGCCCAGCCCCCUCAACAGCAACCUGGUGCAUAUCCACCUACAAAUAGUAUUACAGUGCAAUGGUAUGGAGCUGUGCCCCCUCAGCAGCAACCAGGGGCAUAUCCGCCUACAAAUGGUACUGCACUGCAGCAAGGUGUACCCCCUCAGCAGCAACGUGUACCCCCUCAGCAGCAACGAGGGGCAUACCCAUCUACAAACGGUGCUCUACCAGCGUCGGAAGGCCAGGUAGGUGCACCGCAAGGCCAGGCACCUCCCCAGCUAGCAGCCUGGGCACCUUCAUCAAAUGAGGCUAAUGAACCAGGUUACAAAUGGGAUGAUGGUCCUGACUCCGACCCUGAAGACGAUGACAAUGCUCAAGAAAAAGUCACUGAACUUCCUUCAAACCCUAACUUCACUCCAGUUCCUGGCUAUGAAAGUGUCAUGUUUGCUGAUGAAAAACCAGAAGAAUGUCACAACUGUUUUUCAAGAGGCUUUGUCAGAUGUGGACGUUGCCAUGGAAGAGGAAGGGUUCGCUGUACUUCCUGCCAUGGAUCAGGGCAAAAACACGUUCAUAGGGACGGGGAAAUGGUCACCACCACUUGUCAUUCAUGUCAUGGUAAUGGAAGAAAAAGGUGCUUCCGAUGUGGCGGUGAUGGACGUAUUACCUGUCCCAUUUGUGAAGGGUGUAGGCAGUUACGAUUCUUUAUCAAACUGUUCAUUAAUUACACCAACCACCUAAGUGAUUAUAUUUAUGAGAAAACAGAUUUGCCUGAUCACCUGAUUCGAAAUGUGAAUGGCCAAAAUUUGUUUGAGCAGACUUUAGAAUAUGUUUGGCCAAUCUCUCAGUACACUGUGCCUGAGAUAAACCAGAAUUCCAUUCGUAUAACUGAGGCGCAUCGUUCUGCUUGGCCAAAUGAGAGGCAGCUUCAGCAGCGUCAAAUUCUCCGGGCUGUUCCUGUCAGUGAAGUUCAUUACAAGUGGAAGGAUGUAGACUCACGAUUUUGGGUCUAUGGUUUUGAGAAUGAUGUUUAUUGUCCAGACUAUCCUCAAACUUGUUGUUGGGGUUGUAAUAUCCUCUAAAUCUGCAUAAUCUUCUACUAUAAACUAAAAAAAGUUAAAUUUAACGUAAGUUUUAACUCUUACAUGUCUUGUAAUGAUAUUAUGUGUACAGUAGUGACUUCACCCAGGAUACUUUAAUUUUGUUUUUAAUAUAAAGUUAAAAAUAACCUAUACUAACCUAUAACCUAUAACCUAUACUAACC